UCCUGUCAGGAGCUAGCGACUACAGCUAAACAAACCUGCCCCAAACUCCUCUCCAGACGCUUUCAAACCCCCUCUCCCCGUUUUUAUCCAAAGAUCCAGCCCCGCGGACCAGCCCGUGUCCUCUCCCCGACGAAGAUGGUCGUUCUGACGGAUAACCAUGAAGAUGAGGACUAUAUCCUGGUGCCUGAGGAGCGUAAGUGCGUCUCCCUGCCCUGCUCUCCAGCCAAACGUGUGUCUCCCAAAAAGAAACAGUUCUACAUCAGCCAAGCCACCCGCAACUCAGACCUCAUCCAACGCGCCAAGGGCAAGAAGAGCCAGCGGCGGCAGGAGAACACACGCUUCCUGGCUAACCUCCUGGAGAAAGAGGAGUGCUGUUUGGAUGAUCUGGAGCUGGGCAGUCAUCCAGCCAUCCCCACCAUCUUCACCAAGGCCUGCAUCAAUGGGAACUAUGCGGAGCGCUGGAGCGACUUCAUGAAGUGUUCUGGAGAGGAGCAGGAGCAGUUGCUGGAGCUUCUGGAGCAAGAGCAGGCCCAGAGGAGAGGAGGAAGACUGCUCCGGGACCACAGGAACGUGAACCCUCAUGACUGCUUUCAGAGGAUUGACCGCAGGCUCCGAAUCACACUCAGGAAGAGGCAGGUCCCUAUUGGAACAGUGGAGGUGCUGGAGGAUAGUUUGCUGAACUUCUUCAACGCUCAGCCAACCUCAAUCUAUACCACCAGCCUCUCCAGCAGUUUUGAGCGUCUGCUGCUCCACGCUGUGUGCCAGUACAUGGACCUGGUCUCUCUCAGCACAGACUCCAACGGCUCACGUCAGACUGAAGUGGUGAACAAACAGAGCCAGUUCCUCCCCCCGUCACUGCUGCUGUCGGCCUACCUGGAGAGGAUGAGCAGAGACCAGCCCCUGACCCCCCUGUGACCCUCCCCUCCCUCCCCUCCCUACUGCAGUCUGGAUCUAGGGCACAGAAUUACAGCACAUUUAAAAAAAUUAUUCUGUCAUGGGCUGUAGUUGACCGUCACAUAGAUUUCUCUCAAAUGUUAAAGGUAUAGUAUGUGACUUUUUUAAUGGGGGAUGCUUCAUAGAGAUGUUAUGUUGUAAGGUUCCACAGUAUGGCAUUAUUAUAUCUAUCUAGAGGUGGACCAAAAUGCAUAUUUUAUCUCUAUUGAGACGAGCAGGUGGAGGACCCCCUCAUCCCCAUCCACACACAUGUACACACACACACACACACCUGAAAGGUUACAUAAUGUACCUUUAGGCUCCUGGAUCUUCUGAAAAUGUGCACUGUAAAUUUGUAAAUUUGAAUCUGCAAACAUACAUUUCAAAUGCAAUUGCAAUAGAAAACACAAAAAACACUAUCUGAUUUGAAUUGAAAUCCAAAUUUAAGUGAUUGAACAAAUCUCCUGUGUGAAUGCGUGGGAUUCAUGUGGUAGAUUCUUGUAUCAGCAGUGUUGCUCAGCCCUGCUGCUCUGCGCUGGGGUUCUGUCAUGAUCAGCACCUGCAGUGUGUGAGUAAAUGGACGUGCACAUUAGAUGAGUGAGUCAGGGAGGAGGAGUGGAGUUUAAAGCAGCAGUGUUCCGCAGUGUUGCUUUAACUCAUCCACAGUCUGUUUACAAGCACAGCUCACAGCCAUAAACAAGGUCAGAUUAUAUAAGAAAUGUCUAUCGGAGUCCUUUUAAAGAUGCUAAAACACAAUAUGACACGUUCAUAUUACAGCGAGCGACUGUAUAAAGAGUUCAACGUUACAUUGUAUGACAUGUACAGUGAGUCAGGCGCUUCAGAUUCUGCCUUCAGAUCUCUACAAAGGUAAAUACUUUAUGUCAUAGUGAAAACUAUACUAAAAUAUAUUUAUUUAGAAUGGUUUUUCAGGUGAGCUGUCCCACACGUGUGCUGGCCUGAUCAGUCUCACCGCUUUGUCAUUGUACAAAGUCAGUCUUGUAUUGCUCCGUAGAGGUUAAAGUGGAACUAAACACUAAGUCCACAGUUUUUGUUAUAAACUGUGUAAAUGGUGUUUGAUAGUAACAGACCCUGCCCUUCCUCCCCCCUCACUCUCCCCUUUAGUCCUCCAGGCCCCGCCCCUCCUCCCUUUAGUCCUCUAGGCCACACCCCUCCUCCCUUUAGUCCUCCAGACCCUGCCCCUCCUCCCUUUAGUCCUCCAGGCCACACCCCUCCUCCCUUUAGUCCUGCAGGUUUAGCAGCUCUAUUUGAAAGGAGCUUGUGGGUGUUUACUGCCACUUUAAUCAUUCCACGAGGUUAUCUUGUGUAGAGAGCUUUAUUUGUGAUUCAGAAUAAUAACAGAAAAAAGAUUGGAGAUUCUUUAAUGGAACUGACAUGAAAAGCCUGAAAAGAACCUUUGACUUACUUGACAUUCUCUCUUGUUUUAGCCUGCCCACCUCAAGGUUUUGAAAGUUGUAUUCAGUCAUAUAAAUGUUAUCUGCCAUAGAGGAAACGAAGAAUUGUGUUGAUUAAAAAAUAUUUCGAUUUUGAAAACGAAUGUCUCCGCUACAGAACCGCCUGACACUGACACGAUAACGCUGUAUGAAACGGUGGGCAUGGCAACCGCUCCACAUUAUUUUUAUUACUGUACUCGCUUCAUUUGAUUUACUCUUAGUUUCUCUGUCCCACCUUCAAAUAGCAUUCAAACCGCGCACUACCAGACUGACGGAGAAAGCAGACCAGGCAACACAGCUGUGGACAGACUUACAAUAAUCUGUUGUAUUUCAUGUAGAUUUUUAAUGCAUUUUAGUAUUAACUUUGUAUUUGCAUUUGUACUUUUACUUAGUCUGAGUCUGUCACCCCUUUUAAUACUUGUACUUCAAAGAUUAAGGAGGAAAAAGUUCAUAUUUAAACUCACUUCAAAAUCAGUAAAACUUAAAUUGUUUCAUAUCAACAGUUGUAGAAAUGAUAAAGCAGUACUGCAUUUUUAAAGUAGUAGUAGUAGUAGUUGUAGUAGUAGGCAAGAGCACAUCCACAUAGGUGAGUGUUAGUAACAAGGAGAGCCCCUCGAUAACCGACCUGUCCAUAAAAGCCAAUUGUAAAUAUGACUGCGUUUUAUACUUGUACUGCUUUAUACCAAUGAAAGCACUUGAAUUCUAAUAUCGAAUGUGAACUUACACGAUUUUUACGAUCAUGAGAUGAUUUUGAAGGUGCUAUUGGUGACAAACUGUAUCACUGCCUCACAGGAGUCACAGGAACUACAGUGACGAAAGAGUCAUGGAACUACUCUGAUAGGAAAAGGGACACACGCCGAGCGAUUGUAUUCAAAGGCCUGUGGAAGGGCCUCUGGUUUAAUUUCAUGUACAGUCCGACAUUUACUGCCAACUUUAUCUGUGUACUGUGUUAAAUACAAAGCCAUAAUCUGACGGUUGGUACUUGUGUUUGAAAUGGUCUGAUUUUAAAGGAGCAGUGUAGAAAACCACUGGGUCUGAAAUUAAGUAACCAUUUGUAAGAUUGAAUAUUUUUAUAUUCCAUAAAAAAUAAUUUGUCUGUCCCCAGAUAUCAGGUAAACGCCAAAUCAGAUAAUUUUUAUUGAUUUAUUCUGAAAGAGAGAGUAUUAUGUAAAAUGAUGUAACCUAACCAUGUUUAAGUAAUUUAGCAAUCUCUCCUGAGUCCUAUUCAAACCCUCCUUGCAGUUAGCUCUAAGAUUUCGUGCAAGAAAGGCUCAAAGGCUGUUUUAAAAAAAUACAGUUUUGGCUCACCCGAAACAUGUGGAUGAAAGGCCAAAACAAAUAAAAACACCACCUAAGUUUUGGGCGAUUAUAGCAUUUUCAAAACAGUAAAGGGGACAUGGUGACCUAAAAAUGUGAUGUUUUUACCCACAGAAGUCAAACAAUCACUCUUUAGAAUAAGAAGAAAUGUAUUAUGCUAACUGCUUCAAACCCCCACCCCCUUUUGGCAAUACACCUGCAGAACAGUUGAAUAAAGAUCCACACUGCUCCUUUAAACAUCUGUGUAGUAAAACGAUUUAAGCACAAUCUGUCCUCACAUAGACUUUGAGUAAGAGGCUCUUAAAGGGCCGCUGUACAUAUUUGACUGGAACAGAGCACUUGCCUUAUCUGCGCUCUUCUGCUUGUGUCUCUAUCUGUGGACUUUUCUCCUCUUUGCGUUUGUAGAUUCAUAUGUUCUUUAUUUGUACCAAAGGAUUGUGUUAUGUCAUCUCUCAGGUCCGCACGGUUGUAUUUAGUUGAAUCAUCUCUGACCAGUGCCAAUGUCCGCUGGCCUGUGCAGUCCGAGCUUUACUCCAAACAUGGAUGCAUCCUCACAGCAUGUUGUGUAUAUAAGACUGGUGUGGCUUAUUUAUAAUGAUGGACCUCUGCAGCCAUUAAAGCUUUUUAAGAGCA